UCUCCUCCCUUGCAGGAACACCGCGAUGGCUGCCCAGGGAGAGCCCCAGGUCCAGUUCAAACUUGUAUUGGUUGGUGAUGGUGGUACUGGAAAAACUACAUUCGUGAAACGUCACUUGACCGGUGAAUUUGAGAAGAAGUAUGUAGCCACCCUGGGUGUUGAGGUCCAUCCCCUCGUGUUCCAUACCAACAGAGGUCCUAUUAAGUUCAAUGUAUGGGAUACAGCUGGCCAGGAGAAAUUUGGUGGACUGAGAGAUGGUUAUUACAUCCAAGCCCAAUGUGCCAUUAUAAUGUUUGAUGUAACAUCAAGAGUUACUUACAAGAAUGUGCCUAACUGGCAUAGAGACCUUGUACGAGUAUGUGAAAACAUCCCCAUUGUGUUGUGUGGCAACAAAGUGGAUAUUAAGGACAGGAAAGUGAAGGCAAAAUCUAUUGUCUUUCACCGAAAGAAGAAUCUGCAGUACUAUGACAUUUCUGCCAAAAGUAACUACAACUUUGAAAAGCCCUUCCUCUGGCUUGCACGAAAGCUCAUUGGAGACCCUAACUUGGAGUUUGUUGCCAUGCCUGCUCUUGCCCCACCAGAGGUUGUCAUGGACCCAGCUUUGGCAGCACAGUAUGAGCAUGAUUUAGAGGUUGCUCAGACAACUGCUCUUCCGGAUGAGGAUGAUGACCUGUGAGAGAGAAGCUGGAGCCCAGCGUCAGAAGUCUAGUUUUAUAGGCAGCUGUCCUGUGAUGUCAGCGGUGCAGCGUGUGUGCCACUUUAUUAUCUAGCUAAGCAGAACAUGUGCUUCAUCUGUGGGAUGCUGAAGGAGAUGAAUGGGCUUUGGAGUGAAUGUGGCAGUUUAAAAAAAUACCUUCAUUGUUUGGACCUGCAUAUUUAGCUGUUUUGGAACGCAGUUGAUUUCUUGAGUUUCAAAUAUAAGACUGCUAUAGUCACAUCACAACAUUCGGUGGUGAAAUCUUGUUUGUUACUGUCAUUCCCAUUCCUUUCGUUUAGAAUCAGAAUAAAGUUGUAUUUCAAAUAUCUAAGCAAGUGAACUCAUCCCUUGUUUGUAAGCAUUUUUAAACCACUAAGAUAGAGAAAUUUAUGCCAUGUUAAUAUUUAAAUUGCCUUUGCUAUUAUCACUUAAUUCAAAAAUCUAUUGGUUAAUUUCUCCCUGUGUCUACUUUUUAUUCUUUUGUACAUUUGAAUCAUGUCACACAAACUAGAUAUGACAGGUCAACAGAGUGUUCUAUUUGGUUAACAGGUGUAAAUACUGCAGUUAAGCUGAAAUAAUGUGUGCUUCACCUUCAUUUUGGCUAGGUAGUGUUCCCUCGGGAAGAGCCCCUUCAAAAUUAUGUGACCUGUCAGAAUAAAAAGUGGUUUGUGCCUAUCAAACAGA